AUGGCACUACUGAUAGUACUGAUUACCUGUUUUGUGAUUAUUUUUGCUACUUCCCAGCCUUGCCAGACCCCUGAUGACUUUGUGGCUGCCACUUCUCCAGAGCAUAUCAUGAUUGGAGGUUUGUUUGCCAUUCAUGAAAAAAUGCUGUCCUCAGAAGACUACCCCCGAUGGCCAGAAACCCAGAAGUGAGUCGGCUUUGAAAUAUCAAAUUUUCUUCAAACUCUUGCCAUGAUAGACAGCAUUGAAAUGAUUAGUAAUUCAACACUAUUAUCUGGAGUCAAACUAGGGUAUGAAAUCUAUGACACUUGCAUAGAUGUCACAGAGGCAAUGGCAGCUGCUCCGAGGUUUCUCUCUAAGUUCAACUGCUCCAGAGAAAUCGUGGAGUUUAAGUGUGACUAUUCCAGAUACAUGCCAAGGAUUAAGGCUGUCAUAGGUGCUGGCUACUCAGCAAUAACCAUGGCUGUCUCCCGGAUGUUGAAUUUACAGCUCAUGUCACAGGUGAGUUAUGAAUCAACUGCAGAAACCCUACGUGACAAAAUUCGCUUUCCUUCAUUUUUACAGACUAUGCCCAGUGACUUGUACUAAACCAAAGCAAUGGCCCACCUGAUCCAGAAAUCUGGAUGGAACUGGACUGGCAUCCUAACCACAGAUGAUGACUAUGGACGACUGGCUCUCAACACUUUCGCGAUUCAGACCUCAACAAAUAACGUGUGCAUAACCUGCAGAGAAGUUCUCCCGGCCUCCCUCUCAGAUAAUACCAUUGAAGCCAGGAUCAGUCAGACACCUGAGAGAAUCAUAGCAGGCCAGGUUAACAUCGUUGUGGUAUUUCUGAGUCCUUUCCAUGUUUUCAGUCUCUUCAGUAAAGCCACUGAAAAGAAUAUAAAUAAGAUCUGGAUUGCUAGCAAUAACUGGUCAACGGCCACCAAGAUCACGACCAUUCCUAAUGUUAAAAGGAUUGGCAAAGUUGUGGGGUUUACCUUCUGUGCAUAUACGAAGGACAGGGAUCUGAGUCAAUGCAUUUGCAACUAUUCUCAGGGGACUUUGGCCUACAAGGCUAACGAGGAUAUAGAAAGGAACUUCUCGCUGAGGAAUGACUUCCUGUGGGAUUACACUGAGCCGGGACUUGUUCACAGCAUUCAGCUAGCAGUGUUUGCCCUUGGUUACGCCAUUCAGGAUCUGUGCCAAGCUCGAGAGACUCAGAACCCCAAUGCCUUUCAACCAUGGGAGUUACUUGAUGUACUGAAAAAUGUGACGUUCACAGAUGGAGGGAGUUCAUUUCAUUUUGAUGCCCAUGGAGAUAUGAAUACUGGAUAUGAUGUUGUGCUCUGGAAGAUCAACGGCCACAUGCCUAUUGCCAAGAUGGCACAAUACGACCUGAAGAAUGAUGUCUUCAUUGUCACAGACCAAGAAACAAAAAAUGAGUUCAGGAAUCUUAAGCAAAUUCAAUCUAAAUGCUCUAAGGAAUGCAGUCCUGGGCAAAUGAAGAAAACCACAAAAAGCCAACAUAUCUGCUGCUAUGAAUGUGUGAACUCUCCUGAAAAUCACUAUAGUAAUCAGACAGGUAUGGAUCACUGCCUUUUAUGCAGUAGCAAAACUCACUGGGCCCCUGUAAGGAGCACAGUGUGCUUUGAAAAGGAAGUGGAGUAUCUCAACGGGAAUGACUCCUUGGCUAUCCUGCUCCUGGCCCUGCCUCUACUGGGAAUCAUAUUUGUUCUGGCCACUGGCAUAAUAUUUACAAGAAACCUGAACACACCCGUUGUGAAAUCAUCUGGGGGAUUGAUGGUCUGCUACGUAAUCCUCUUCUGUCAUUUCCUCAACUUUGCCAGCACAGGCUUUUUCAUUGGAGAACCACAAAACUUCACGCGUAAAACCAGGCAGAAGCUAUUUGGCGUGAGCUUUACUCUCUGCAUCUACUGCAUUUGGAUGAAGUCCCUGAAAAUUCUGCUAGCCUUCAGCUUUGAUCCCAAGUUGCAGAACUUCCUGAAGUGCCUCUAUAAACCGAACCCCAUCAUCUUCACUUGCACGGGUAUCCAGGUUGUCAUUUGCACACUCUGGCUCAUCUUUGCAGCACCUGCUGUGGAAGAGAAUGUCUCCUUGCCAGUCAUUAUUCUGGAAUGUGAGGAGGGAUCUAUGCUUGCAUUUAGCACCAUGUUGGGCUAUAUUGCCAUCCUGGCCUUCAUUUGCUUCAUAUUUGCCUUCAAAGACACAUAGUUACCUGAGAAUUACAAUGAAGCCAAAAUCAUAACAUUGGGCAUGCUCAUUUACUUCAUAGCUUGGAUCACAUUCAUCCCUGUCUAUGCUCCCACAUUUGGCAAAUAUUUGCCAGCUGUGGAGAUCAUCACUGGUUUCAUUUCUAACUAUGGGAUCCUAUGUUGCACAUUCUUCCCCAAAUGAUAUGUUAUUCUUUGUAGGCAAGAGACUAACGCUAAAUGUGCCUUUCUCAAGAUGAUUUGCAGCUACUCUUCCCACAGUGCAGGCAGACUUGCCAUGAGCCAUGUUUCACUGGGUGCCACUAACAGCAAUGUCAUAACAACCAAUACCAGCUCUGCGGGCAGGUCUGCAGCCUGACAGAAAAGCGAAGAUCUUCAGGCACAAGCAUCUGCACACAUAUGCAGAGAAAAUGUUCCAUGUGUAUCUAAAGCUUUGCCUCGAAAAAGAAUCUCAAGUGUAUGA